CUCGCAGGGUCCCCAGAAGCGCUCGCCAGCCGGAGUAAAACCCGAAAGAUGGAGCCUCAGGUUCUCGCUCUGCGUUGCGGGUGCUGGCACCGAGAUUCAAAAAGAGCUUCCGGAGGUAGUUUCUACGCAUUGCGCCACUACUCCCUUAUUCGGCUUCUGGAGGCCUAAUAAAAUCCACUUGCUUUGGAGUUAGAAAUUAUUUCGGGCCUGGAGCCCGCGUAGACGCGACCCUGUGAUCCCGUUUCGUAGCUUGCUGAGAGAUUCGCUGCGGGAGUUUGGCUCUGAGGGAGGGGAACGGUCUGGAGGGCAGCUCAGAGUACAAUUGCUCCUUGUUAGUGAAAAGGCGCCCUGCUUAUUUUCCGGAGUAUAUGUGUGUGCCUCUGCGUUUAUUCGUCUGUGAGAUCGUUGUCUGGAUUCACCUAUUGUGACAUUGUGUUCACACGAUUGUCCGAAUGGUUCCAUACAAGUAAAUACGAAAAAAAGUGGGGGGGUCCACACCACUAAUUGUUAUGGCGAGGAAGAUAAAUAUAGUACUGAAGAAGACAUGGACAGAAGGCGGAUGGCUCUGCGGCCUGGCUCCCUCAGACAGACCGCCUUCUUCUUCCAUUCGAGAUCGCUCGUACCGAACCUCCUUGCCUUCUUCCUGGGUCUCUCGAGGGCUGGACCAAUACAUCUGCCGAUGUCCUGGCCGAAUGGCAGGCGACAUCGGGUCCUGGACCCCCACACGCAGCUCAGUACCCACGAGGCCCCAGGCCGCUGGAAGCCUGUAGCUCCGCGGCGGAUGAAAGCCUGCCCGCAGGUUCUCCUGGAGUGGUGAGCCUCUGUCGGAAGGGGGCGCCCUUGUCUUUUUAAUGGUCCUAACACACCAGUGGAAUAAAUCUCUAAGAUUCCACAUCUUUUGUUUGCUCUGAAUUU